AUGACGAAUUCGAAUCCAUUCCAGAAUGCAUAUUUUGAGCGGUUGGUAGAUUUCCCCGUUGUAAUCUGCCGUGAAUGCCAGUAUGGUGUAUGGCCAAGUCAGAUUGAAGGUCAUUUACAGCAUGCCCACCGUUAUAUAUCGCCGGUGAUCCGGAUUCAACUUGGAGACGAGGUCCGUGGCUGGCCCGAGAUUGCCAUAGAUCCCAUCGAGUUGGAUAUUCCACCCAUCCGAAGCCAGGCUAUCCCCCAGCUGAUCGGUCCAUUAGACGGUUGGCAGUGCCAAUUAUCACCGGGAUCAUGUUUAUAUGUAUGCCCCAGUAUCAGUACCAUGCGGCAACAUUGGUUCAAACAACAUGGUUGGAGCCGGACCUCCCACGUCGGUCAUCCGACUCGAUCCACCAUGCAGACCAUCCAGGAGCAGCAGGAACAGGCGUGUCGACGGGUUUCAUGCCAGCGAAUCUUCCCCCGGAAGACCGGGUCCCAGUAUUUCGCCAUUAUCGAUGAAGAAGAGGACUCCGAUCCCAUUCCCACCACACCUGGAUCCACGAUUUGGGAACAAGCCAGCCGGCAGUACGCCGAGUACGAGAAGCAAGCCGCGGAGCGGAUUCAACAGGGCUAUGUGGAUGAAGCCAAUCCGUGGCUCCGUCGGACGGGCUGGGUGCCGUAUUUGCACUCAUUUUCCAGCACCCAGUUGUUGGAAUAUAUCGACAUGCCCGCCAUGGAUGACGCCGUGAACCACUCCCCCGUGGCCGAUCUCGACGAACAGGCCAUCCAGGCCAUAUGGACGGCCAUGGGCCAGGUGGGACAGAUCAGCCAGCAGUCCGUCAUCCACACCGGCGUGUUCGUGCGCAUGGAAGCCAUCCGGACCGAACGGCAUCAAACCCGGUACCAGCCACUGGAGGCGUAUCAGGAUCCGGAGACCAUGACGGAGCGCGUUCGUCCAUGGCAGCAGAUGUUGAUGUUUUUUUGGCAGACGCAGCACCGUACAUCCGACGAGAGGCAUCCCCAUAUCGAUUCACCCAACGACAACACGCCGCAUGGAAUCGACUGGUGCAGAUUGCUCGUCCCCGAAUCCCACCCCCAAGUCCCGGACGGUCGCUGCGAGUCGUCCCGCUCGGAAGAUGAAUCAUUUACCGAUGAUGAUGAGAUGGAUGAGGAUAUGAACCGUGACUCCGAGCCAGAUCCCGAGCUGGAUCCCGUCUCAGAGAGCUCCAUCCCACCAUUAACCCCCAUCCAGCGGGCGUGUUUGGACUUUUGCAUCGAGCUGUUGAACCAGCGCGUGGUGCACCGGGAAUACGACUGCGCCUUGGUGUGUGCCAUGGCGGUGUUGGGCGUUCGAGAUCGAGGUGGAUGGCGGACUCCGGAGGAUUAUCCGCCCAUUUUGUCCAAAGUGAUCAAACUGGCCCGGUUCAUAGUGGUCCGGAAAGCUGUGGAACUGGCCGAGACCGAGGACGACGCCGAACCCGCCAGUUCCAUGCAGGAGAACGACUGGGACAGUGCGUACGGAGGAUCCCCAUCCCCCCGUGCCACACCAUCUAAGAAAGGGUGUUUGCAGUGGAUGACACAGAUGAUGGACCAGUUCAUGGUGCGUGGAACCCAGAGCCCGAUGCAAUGGAUGUUGGAUCUACGGACAUAUGGGUUGAAGAUCCAUUACAAUACCACAUCCGAGGGCCAUGUGACGUGGCAGAAUGACGAUGAGCUGUUAUAUAAAGACGUCAAAUUCACAAUGCGGCAGUUCCGUGGCAUGGUGGACCACACGGUGCGAGAUGCACGGCGGAUCUUGAUGGAGGAUUUGCUGCAAUGUGCCCCCGAUCAGGUGCCUGUGAUUCUGUGGGAGCAGCUAUACGACAAUCCAUUCAAUGAGGAUCCCCAAUGGAGUUUUGUGCAGGAUCCGCGGACCCCAUGGCCCGUCGAUGGCACCGGCUGGCUAUGGCAGCAUAUCCAGGAUCAUCCCCCAUUGUGCCGUCGAUUGAUCCAGGCCGACGGCCACGGCAUUCAGCCCAUCCGCUGGCAGGCAUUCCACCGACGGAUCCGCACGUUUUUGGAGAAGCUGCCGGCGGCGGUCCAAUUCACAUGGGGCCAACCCGCUCGUGCCCCCGAGUUAUUGAGUAUUCGACACGAGAAUAGUCACGUCGGUGGGAUCCGGAAUAUGUUUCUUGAGGACGGCAUGGUGGUGUUAGUAGCGCGGUAUCACAAAGGAUAUCAGGUGAGUGGCGACGUCAAAAUCAUCCAUCGAUAUUUACCGCGGGAAGUGGGUGAGCUGCUGGUGUGGUAUUUAUGGCUGGUGUUGCCGUUCCAACGGCGCAUUGACGCGUGGAUGCAUCAGCGGGAGGACAUCAAUCCCCAUAUCUGGGCAUCCACCUCGUGGGAACCCGCGUGGAACUCCGAACGGUUCCGGCGGAUUUUGCAACGGGAGAGCACCAUUGGAUUGUCCGGACCGGCAUUGAAUAUUGCAUCGUAUCGGGAGAUUGCCAUCGCGAUCAGCCGCCGAUAUAUGCGAGCGGGACGGGCAUUUGCUCCCCACGAUCCAAAUUCCACGGCGACAGACCACCCGCAUGAAGAUGAGGCCCAGAUCAUGGCCCAGAUCGCGGAUGAGCAGGCUGGACACAGCCCCCACGUGGCGGGAGCUGUAUAUGCGCGGGAAGCCACCGAACGAGCUGGCGAAGUGGCCGAUCGACGACAACGAUUCCGGCAAAGCAGCCAGGAAUGGCACCAGUUUUUAGGAUUUGCAUCCGCCAUCCAAUCACUGCGUUCCCGCAUGAUCACCCCAUUCCAGGACACGGCCCAGGCUAGUCAGAUCGAGCGAUGGAGCCAUACCCGAGCCAUGGAUCUCGACGAGUCAUUACAGCAGAUGAUGGGACUAUCCGCCACGUUUCGUGGGACGCAGAAAGCUGUGAUUCAGUCCAUCGUCCAGCGGCAGAGUCCCAUCGUUGCCAUCAUGCCCACGGGCGCGGGGAAGAGUUUAUUGUUCAUGUUGCCCGCCUGGAUGAGCCGUGGGGGCACCACCGUUGUUGUGGUUCCAUUGGUGGCAUUACGGGUGGAUCUCCAACAGCGAUGCCAGACCUUGGGCAUCUCGUGUGUGGAAUGGGAUUCGCGACGUCCCGCGGAUGGAGCCGCCAUUGUAUUGGUGACGCCGGAAUCCGCCAUGAGCGAGACGUUCCAGACCUUUAUCAACCGCAAGCAGUGGACCAAGGAGCUAGACCGCAUCGUGAUCGACGAAUGCCAUAUCAUAUUACAGGAAGGAUACCAGUUCCGGAAGCAAAUGGCGCAGCUGAGUGCAUUGGUCCGCGCGGAGACCCAACUCGUGUUAUUAACCGCCACCUUGCCCCGUGAAAGCGAAGCAUUGUUAUGCCAGCGGAUGUAUUUAGAUUCCCCCACGAUCCAGUGGUUCCGCGGCCGGACCAGCCGGACCAACGUGGCAUAUCAAGUGAUCGAGAUUGGCGCCGGUGAGCCAUCUUGUGAUAUAAGCGAGCUGAUGAUUACGUGGAUUCAGCAGCGCGUUCAGCAGCUCCACGAGGGGAAAGUGGUCAUAUAUGCCAAUACGAUUGCCACCGUCCAGCGGAUUGCCCAUCAACUGCAAUGUCCCGCUUAUUACAGCCAGGCGGUGGAUAAAAAGGGGAUGUUAGCAUCAUUCCAGAAGCAGAAUCCCGGGGUGAUCGUGGCCACGAGUGCGUUGGGAAUGGGGAUUGAUAUCCCCGAUAUCCGGCUGGUGAUCCACGUGGGCCGGACGCGGUCCUUGUUGGAUUAUGGACAGGAAAGUGGACGAGCCGGACGCGAUGGGGCUGCCAGCCAGGCGAUCAUGUUAAUCGAUGGCCACGGAGCGGGUUGGGGGGAUCCGCCCACGGUGGAUUCGCGGGUGCAGGAAUACCUUGGCGGUGGUUGUCGACGGCGGGCAUUAGAUAUAUAUUUGGGCGGGACGGUGGAUGGAUAUACACGGCAGCAGUGUGAGGACGGUGAGGCGAUAUGUGACCAGUGUCAGAGUAGUAUAGAUCCCAAUCCCGCCAGUCCGAAUGCCAGUCCCAAUGGCUGGCUGAGUGCCCGCCAGAAUAACAGACAGGAAGCCAGUGAUUCGGCCAGUGAUUCGGCCAGUGAUUCGGCCAGUGAUUCGGCCAGUGAUUCGGCCAGUGAUUCGGCCAGUGAUCCAGGCAGAGAUCCAGGCAGUGAUUCGGCCAGUGAUUCGGCCAGUGAUUCGGCCAGUGAUUCGGCCAGUGAUUCGGCCAGUCAUUCAGCCAGUCAUUCAGCCAUCCAUGACAGACCAAACGGCUGCCCAAAUAACCGCCCAAGGACCAGCCAUUUCACCAGUCCCAACAGCCACCAUAUCGCCAUUCCCACACCAUCACCCGGUCCACGCAAACGCGCCAUUUCCCACCAUUCCAUCCCCCCCAUGGCCAAACGUCGGGCCCAUCCCAUAUUCCCGUCGACGGCAUAUUACCAGGGGCCCAUGCAACGACAGACGCAGCACGCGGAGGCGGAUGGACAGGAAAUCGAGUCCAUCCGGGAACAGUUUGACCGGUGGGCCGGGCAAUGUCGAUUAUGCGGGAUGACAGGGCAACCAGCGCACCAUAGGAUUGGCAAUUGUCCCCAUCCACAGGCACAGAUUGCGCAGUCAUGGAUGGACCAGGUGAUCGAACAGGUGGUCCACCAGCCACGGGGGGCCGGACGGCGAGGGUAUGAGGCAUAUGCGGCAUGUUUUGGAUGCCAUUCCCCGCAGUGGAUUUGCCAACAGUGGGAGAGCAACGGCUACGGUGGUUACCAGAAGACGCACGAGCGGUGUCAAUAUCCCCAUGUGGCGAUUCCGAUCAUGGGACAGUUAUUGCAUGGACCGCAGCGGCAUUCAAUCCGUGUAGCAUGGCAACAGCGAAUGCAGGCCCAGUUCCCCGGGGUGGACAUUGACGAUGAGCGAGGGUUGAUUGGACAUUUCCAACGGCGAUUUGGGCGACGUGGUGAGGAGCGCAGCGGAUUGGUGGUAGAGAUGAAUUGGAUGUGUGAAUUUAUCGAGCGGGAAUUCCCCGCGUGA